AUGGUCGUCUACUACGAGCUCGCUGGCCGCAAGAUCGGCUCCCACGUCCUCGCCAUGGGCGUCCUCGGCACGCUCUUCGGUGGUAUCUUCGCGGCCACCGGCGGCAGCAAGAAGGUUCCCAACGCCGCUCCUCCGAUCAACGCUUCCAGCAAGGACGAGGAGAACUUCAUCCAGGAGUUCUUGAAGGAAGCGGAAGGAAAAGACUCGAAGCAUUAA